GUCGUUUUUUCUCGCGAGAACAUAGAAAACUUGCACGGCUACAAACUGCUGCGACGGACAAGUCUUCAGAGCCUUCAGAGCUAACCCGCAGAAAAGUCACUUUAUUUACCAUUAAAACGUCAGUUGUUCGUACGCGACACGCUUAACCGUCGCAUGUUAUGCUAACUGAUAACGUCUUGUAGUAUUAAAUGAAUGCCGAUAAUCCUGCUUUGUUUUAAUGUGCGUUCACGAUUGUUGACACCUACACGACUCACCGCAAAAAUGUUCUGCUCACUGCCAAUGUCCUCUGAUCCUAAGAAGCUGUCCAGCCCGGGCAAAAUGAAGUCUGCAGUAUACCACUGGAGACUAAAUUAUGUUACUGGGAACCUGUUCUCCUGCCCCGAAGAUGAAGCUUUGGCCCACUGUAUCAGUGAGGACUGCCGCAUGGGGGCAGGCAUCGCCGUGAUGUUCAAGCAGAAGUUCAAAGGAGUAGAGGAGUUAAAGGAACAAAAAAGGGUGACAGGACAGUGUGCUGUACUGAAGAGAGACAAGCGUUUUGUCUACUAUCUGAUCACGAAGAAAAAGGCCAGCCAAAAACCGACCUAUGACAGCCUGAGACAGAGCCUGGAGGACAUGAAGUCACACUGUGUACUGAAUGGAGUAACAAAAAUAUCAAUACCUCGUAUUGGAUGUGGCCUGGAUCGGCUGCAGUGGGACAAAGUGUCGGUUAUACUGGAACAGGUGUUCAAACAUGCAAACAUCUCCAUCACGGUCUACAGCCUUCCUGAGAGAGCAGAGGCCACUGUGAUGAGGGAACACAAGCGCAGAUGAUUGAUGAAAAAGUUUGUUUAUUGUUGUAAAGAAGCACUUUCUGUAUUAUUCCCACAAUAUGGAGCCAUGGGGGAUUUUGUUUCAAUAAAGUUUUGUCACAGAUUA